AUGGCAGUCCCCGUCCGCCGUAACAUCAUUGACUGUUACACCGCGGCGCAUUCCUCGAGGAUAACGAAACCACGAAGUGCAAACUCGGUCCUCAAGAAGUCUACUUCAUUCUCGUUGUCUUCUCCCUUUGCGAAACAUCCUCGUCGAAAACCUCUCUCCCGCUCAAAAUCAAAACCAGAGAGUGUGGGCGGGGAUGACGAAGAGUCGGACGAACAUCUGACAGAUCUGGGGCUGGUCGAGUGUCUUGCCACAGACCUUUCUCUACGUGAUGUUUCUCAGGCGAUUAAAUACAUCAACAGUCAUAUGUUUGACAAGCUUCCCGAAAGGGCUGGCGUGAAUAGCACGCGUAUCGCCGAAGUGUUGAAUUACCGGAGAUCAUUGCCACCAAUCGUCUCUGCUGCUCACGUUCAUGCCCUCAUCAAUUCUCCUACUUCGACAGAGAAAGAAAUCUCUCAUCUAUUGAGGUCUGGCUUUAUAAGAAAGAUUGUGGUUCCUGAGCGCGCAGUCGGAGGAAAUGGACUAGGCGAAGGCCUAGUUCUUGCGGAAGCUUGGGAUAAAAUGAUCCAAGAUUCCUCGGAGAUUGGGGAACCUCUAAAACAGCGGUUUCUCAGUCUCUUGCAUCAAAACCCAACGUCCAUUACAGUUCUGCGAUCCGCUUUAAGCCCGCAAGAUGCGACGCUUUUGAUGAGAGCGGGGUUCCUGACGGCAUCUUCGCAACCUUGGACUUCCACUGACGUUUAUUCUCGUCCCGGCGCGGCCUCUCUAGGAACUUUAGCGUCCCUCUCAUCUGUAGGCGCCAAGGCUGCAUCAGGUACGUUAGAUGCUGUGGGCGGACCUGACGCCAUUCAAGAAGGCGGAGGGGGUGGUAUCCGGCGUGGUACUUUACCGACGGGACAGCGAGAUCAGAACGCCGGCGGAGAUAGGUAUUCUGUCUCUCUCCCGAGCACUGGACCGUAUUUACGACUUGUAAGUGAUGCAAGGGCACAUUUCAUGUCGCUCCUUGCCAAAUCAAAAUACCGAGAGGCACCCGUAAGCCUUUUGCGGGACAGGUGGGAAGGCGGACUUUUUGCGGAUGAUCCUUCGUCUCGUGCGAAACGAGCAAGGGGCGAAAAUACUGGCGUUCUGCCAGGUCGAACGCGCAAGUGGAAGCAGCUUUAUGGUCUGAACUUUGACUGGACGUUAGAGGAAUGCCUUGGCGCCGGUCUUAUUGAAAUCUUUGAGACCGGCAGUGUCGGCAGGGGGGUUCGGGCAACUUGA